UCUGGACAAAGACGUCCAUGGCCUCUCUGUUCUGCGUCUACGAGUCUGAGGAGGAGUAAAGUUGGAAUUACAAGACGCCCCCUCCACAGACUGUGGAUUCAACAGAGGAAACGGAAAAGACGAAACAUAGCCUGCAAGAAGGUUUGUCAUUUCAAAACCCCGGGCUGUGGAAAGAACAGAGAGCCCCUCUUUAUUCCCAAACUUUGGUUUCUUUUAUUGGACCUCCGAUCCUCCUGUGAAGAUUACUUUACUUACACUGUUUUGUUUUGUUUUUUGUUUUUUGGGGGGGGGUUUUACCAUCUUUUCUCCAGCUGUUUGCAGCUGGCAAAAAGCACCCGCCCUAUUCGGGAGAGGAAGAAGAAAAAAACUCGAGUCUGAGCGGAGAAGAGAACUGAGAACAGAGAGAGAGAGAGAAAAGUGAGAGAGAGAGAGAGACAGAGAUGGCACCCCAACUUCCCCAGCCUCAGGUGAGGAGCAACAUUUCCAAGUUCCUCCGGAGCUUCUUGGGAAUCACCCGGAUCCUGCAGAUUGUGUUCGGAGCUGGGCUGUGGAUCACAGUCGCUGCCAACAAGUACGAUGGUCCCAUCCACUUCGUCCUGUUCGUCGCUGUCCUGUUCUGGCUCCUCACCCUCGCCCUGUUCUUCAUCACCCUCCUGGACAAGCAGAACCUGGUUCCUCUGCUGGGAGGAGAGCGCUGGCUCUGCACCAACCUGACGCACGACGUGGCCGCCGCCGCGCUUUACCUGCCGGCCAUCGGAGUCAUGUUCUACAAGACGGAGAGCUACUCCUACUGCAACCUGGACCAGUACCAGCACUUUUGCCUGUAUAAGGUCUACCUGACGGCGGCCGUGUUUGCCUGUCUGUGCUGCCUGAGCUACCUCCUAUCGAUCAUCUAUGGAGGGUGCAGGAAGAGCCGAGGAGAACAGACUGUCAUCUAACGACACUGGAUCAGGUUGAGAUGAGGGAUGGAAGAGGAGUAUCCACUGCAAGAUGAGGAAUAGUUCCCUUCACUGUAAUUUUACUCAAGAACUGCCUCUACUGUCUCCCAUCGUGGCUGUUAUUGCAUGAAAAGCAGCUCCAGGUACAAAGGUCAAGAACCCCCUGAGAGGGUUUGAUUGGUUGGAGUACAAGUCUCAGUAUUACUGCCUUUUCUAUCACAGACAAUAGUGUAAACAAUAAUGCAGAACUUUUCUUGAGAAGCAUUUUUAUAUGUAGACUAAUGGAAAAUAACCUUAAUAUUCAUUUUAACUCAGUCCUAAAUCAUCGGAAUGCUGCAGAUUUAUUAUAACAAUUAUUUUUUUAUCUUCUUACACCUUUUUUUUGUAUCGACUCACGACGCUUUUUCUUUUGUCUAUAUUGCAAACAUCCAGUUUCAGCCUUCAAGAUGGUAACAGUUGCAACCUCCUGGAUGUGAAUGGUGCUGUAUGCUGAACAAAUAUGCUCCUAAUAUAAUUUCAGAGAAUAUGAAUAAAGAUGCCCUGGUUGAGAAUCAA